AUGGCUGCUCCUACUGCAUCGCCAUCAAAUUCUAUUACUGUAAAUACGGUAAUGGAUGAGAAGUUCGCAGAGGUCUAUACAAGUGAUGAGGCGCACGUCCGAGUAUUGGAUAAUGGACGAACUUUCGAGAAUUUUCGAUUUGGUGCCUGUGCAUGUGCCGUUGGUAUACAUUCGUAUUCGUCUGGUGUUCACAGUAUCCGAAUCAAGAUUCGUAAGGGCAACCCAAUUUUGGGUAUUCAUGCACGAAAUAUACCACCUAUAGCAGAUCAUUAUUCAAGAGGUUCCUAUGGUAUUGACCCUUCGACAUACGGCUUUGAAAUAGAUCUUGGUCGUGUUCUCAAUGGACGACUGAAACGGAAAGACUUGGAAGAAUUACGAUUUGGAAGAACUGACAUCGUAUACACACUCAUAUUGAAUUGCGAUGAACACCGAUUAAUAAACAACACAGGCAAAACAGUGAUGAUUAAAAAUACUAUUAUCUGGCUCGAUGCAAAUUCUUCGGAUCCAGAAAGUAGUUUCCAUACGAAACUAGGAAAUGUUCAAACAUUUAUAGAUGUUCAAGACUGUAUUAAAUAUAUUCAAUCACAUUCAAAUGAAUCAAUUUAUCUUAUUGUCUCAGGUUCACUUGCAAAACUAGUCACACCGGAAAUUUAUGAUUGUUCAAAUCUUAUACAAAUCUUUCUUUUUUGUGGAUCAGUAUCUACUUAUGCAGAGUGGGCAAUGGAUUAUUGUGAUAAAAUGAUGAUAUUCGAUCAUGGAGAUGAUCUUUUAGAACGAUUAUGGAAUGAUUUAGAAAGUAAUUUACGCAAACAAGCAAACCUUUAUUUGAAAUGUGCAGAAGAAUAUAAACAGCGAGCUUUGAAAUAUAAGCAAUCAGCUUGUGGUUAA